UUUUAGUUGUUUGAAUUGUUUUUAAUCGUUUGCCAGGGAAAGGUUAAAAAGUCACGAUGAAAUCUUCGCUGACCCCAAGGCUCCAAAAGUCAAACAUGGACUCCAUGCACAACAUGAGCCAGUCAAGAGGAAUUCCAGUAUUUCCUCCUUUACCUACAGCACCUUCAAAAGAGCCAUCAGAGUUGUAUCAGUUGGUUCUCAAGCACAGUUACUACCCUCCUCUUAUGCAAAGCACAUCGUGGACCUUGGCGGCACCGUUUAAAGAGCAGCGGUAUCGCCGUAAUCCUAGCAAUUCCAUAGCAAACAAUUACUCGCCCUCUGCACGUAACCUGAAGCUUGGUGAACUGCCAAUGAAGAUUCCUUCUCCUAGGGCAGGUUCAGCCAUGGAAGCACCUCAUCAAGCUGGGCUAUCUUCAAAAGACUCUUCAUCUGUCCAGAAAAAGCCAAAACUGUCUCCCAGGAGCAAGUAUAUCUCUGAUAGACCCAUUAUACACAAAAGAAUUGUAGAUUAUACACCUGUGGAUGAUCACAUGUCCCAGGCAGGUACCAUGGCGUUCCCGGAGAGCAGACCCAUGACCCCAGAGGAGCAAAUUAAAGUUAUGUUGCAGCACGAAGAGGAAAUAAAUAAACUGACGGAGAAUCUGACUGAGAGAGACCUGGAGAGGUAUUCUUACUACGUACACCAUGGGAUUCAGAAAGAAAUGCUCGCACCUCAGGAGGCAGAACAGAUGGAAAGAAUUUUCGCAAAUGUUCCCCACCAACUUUUGAGUAAUCCAGCACUUGAGAAACUGCUCUCCGAAUUGACAGAAGAGAUUGAAUAUGAUUAUAACACAAGCCUCAGGAGAAGUAUUGUUGACUAUAUUCUCAGGGACCGAGAUGAGCGAGAGAGACUGUUGAUUGCCAACACCCCACCCGUUUACCCUCGUCGAGUAAUUCGUGCUCCGGUCCCAUGGCAUGUUUCUUAUGGCAAUGCCCAUCAAUGGAAUCGAGAUCACCUCUUCACUGUGAAUCCGAUGAUGCUCUCUUUGCAGGAGCUCUGGCUUAACGAAUUUGCUGACUUAAGGUUUGUGCGAACAAAAGAUCUGCUCUCUGGUAAUUUGCCUCUGCUUCCUGCUGAAUUUGAAGAACUAGUCGACAAGCAUUGCCUGGAAGCUCGUACCACACUACAAAACAAGUGGAUACCAGCUUGUGCAUCUCUCUUCGUAUCACAAAAGGAUAAGUGGAUUCAUUUAGUUCCCCAGAAUGAUGAUGACUCGACCCAGGUGGAAGAAUAUUUUGAAUGCGUUUCCUCUCUUAUGUCGUUGCAACUGCGUGGGAUGGUUAUCGGUUCUCUUGAGGACUUACUUUCUUUUUUCAACAUACACAAGGAGGGAAAUGAUUUUGGAGAUACAUAUGAUGAGAGAAAAUUCUUCGCUCCUCAAGUUCUUAUAAUCAAGCUAAAAAUCGAAGAACCCAAAAUUGUGUUCGAUCCCGUUUUGGAAGAAUGUUGGAAUUUAAUAAAGCAAUGUUUUUACAAGGUUAUUCAGAGCGCUGAAGGAAUUCCAAAGGUAGAAGUUGAACUUUUCCCUGACCUUCAGUUGGAUUGCUGGUCCCUCCGCUCUGUCAAGCCAGAAGAGUCACUGGUUUCGGAAUAUGUCAACAAAACAAUGGGGAUUUUUAACAAGAACAUCAUUGGUCCAAAGAAAUACUUAAAUGUUUACAAGAAGUACAGUGACCUAUUAAACCAGAAGGCUCUGCAGGACAUUAAUGCUUUCCUCACAGAAGAACAUUCACUCCAGGCAUUUACUAAGAAAAUUAAUAACCUGUCGCAGCUGUGGGGAGAGAUUGCAUCCAUGCAUGUCACUGUGCCUUUGGCCAUGUUUUGUUUGGAUGCAUUGAAACUCAAUGAGGAUCUUUGCACCAGAACCCAAAAACUGAAAGAUCGUCUGAUUCAGUUUGAAGUGGAUGAAAACAGAGAGCUCAACAAGAGUAUCUGUUAUAAAUACAGUAGUAUUGCUGAUAAGGUCAGUGAAACACCAACCACCACUGCGGAUUUGGUGGCCCUCACAAAUUUUCUAAGAACCUCCAGUGACGUCACCGUUUAUAAACUAAAGGACGAGAUUUCAGAAGCAGCAAGCAGAUUGAUGUUCCUUUUGGACUAUGCCAUACUCAGUUAUGAUGAUCUGAAGCUGAACAGUACAGUUUUUCAUUGGCCGGAACAAAUAGAGACAGUAUUUCAGGUCAACAACAACCGCCUUAUGACUAGAAGAGACCAGGCUGAGGAUGACUUAAGGAAAAGGCGUUCGGAAUUUGACAAAGUCCUCAAAGGCUACAGCACAGAAGUUGAAGCAUUUAAGAAACGUGAGACAGCCACCGUGGACGAGAUGAAGAACAAUGUUGAAAAACUUAAUGAGUUGGACAAAAACUUAAAUACAGCCCUGGCAGAAUUUGAGGCCAUCAAUAAGGAAGAGGAGCUGCUCGAAUGGGAGAAAAGUCAAUUCCCUUUGUUGCAAGAUACAAUGAUAAAUAAGCUUCCCUUUGAGCAACUCUGGAUAACUGCUUACAAUUUCCAUUGUAAAUCCGAGGAAUGGAUGAACAGUGCGUUCCAGGAUUUAAAUGCAGAAGACAUCACAGAGGAAACUGGGAACAUGUGGAGGACAAUGUACAAGCUGUCCAAGAGCCUUGGCGAUUUACCAGGACCAAAAAGGGUAGCAGAGAACGUGAAAUUCAAAAUUGAUAAGUUUAAAGUGCACCUUCCAAUCAUUUCUGUGAUCUGCAACCGUGGAAUGAAGAGCCGACACUGGGAACAGAUCAGCGCAGUUGUUGGUUUUGAUAUCACUCCGCAGCCAGACACUUCUCUGAUUAGCAUGUUGGAGUACGGCUUGACAAAAUUUAUUGAUAAACUGGAGCAAAUUGGUGCCUCAGCAAGUAAAGAGUAUUCUCUGGAGAAGGCCUUAGAGAAGAUGAAAGCUGAAUGGGCCAACAUGAUUUUCACCUUCGUCAAAUACCGAGAUUCCAACACGAAUAUCUUGUCAUCUAUCGAUGAUAUCCAGUUGCUUCUUGAUGACCAUAUUAUUAAAACACAAACAAUGUGUGGUUCUCCUUUUAUUAAGCCGAUAGAAGCUGAAGCUAGGGAAUGGGAGCAGACACUGGUUCUGAUACAGGACAUUUUGGACUCGUGGUUAAAAUGUCAAGCCACCUGGCUUUACCUAGAGCCCAUAUUUAGUUCUGAAGAUAUUAUCGCACAAAUGCCAGAGGAGGGGAGGAAAUUUGGCAUUGUGGACAGUUACUGGAAGGACAUAAUGGCAGAAGCAGUAAAGGAUAACAGAGUGCUUGUUGCAACAAAGCAGGACAACAUGUUAGAGAGACUUCAGGAAUCCAAUAUCCUCUUGGAAGAAAUUCAGAAAGGUCUGAAUUCAUACUUAGAGAAGAAAAGAUUAUUCUUUCCAAGGUUUUUUUUCCUUUCAAAUGACGAACUCCUAGAAAUCUUAUCAGAAACCAAGGAUCCAUUGAGGGUGCAGCCACACUUAAAAAAAUGCUUUGAAGGAAUAGCCAAACUGGAGUUCACCGAAGAUAUGGAAAUUACCGGAAUGGUCAGCUCAGAAAUGGAGACUGUCCCUUUAACACAGAAAAUCUUCCCAGCCAAAGCAAAAGGCAUGGUUGAAAAGUGGCUUUUGCAAGUAGAAGAAAAUAUGUUAUCUAGCAUGAGACAAGUCAUUUACGAUGGGAUACAAGGAUAUGUGGAGGUCCCUCGUAAGCAGUGGGUCUUGCAGUGGCCGGGCCAAGUGGCCAUCUGUGUCUCUUCUAUUUACUGGACCCAAGAAGUAUCUGAAGCAAUAGUGCAAGGGACGUUACCUUCUUUCUUGACUAAAAGUAAUAAGCAAAUCGGCGAAAUAGUUGAACUGGUUAGAGGGAAAUUGUCAGGUGGUGCAAGAGCCACACUGGGAGCACUCACGGUCAUCGAUGUUCACGCGCGUGAUGUUGUUGCAAAAUUAGCAAAGGACAAGGUCUCAAAUUUGAGUGACUUCCAGUGGAUCUCUCAGCUGAGAUAUUACUGGGAAAAACAAGAUGUCAUGGUCAGAAUGAUCACCACAGAGGUCAAGUAUGGAUAUGAAUAUUUGGGGAACUCUCCACGUCUGGUUAUAACACCGCUAACUGAUAGGUGCUACAGAACCUUGAUGGGAGCAUUAAAGCUCAAUCUCGGCGGCGCUCCUGAGGGCCCCGCGGGAACUGGAAAAACAGAAACAACUAAAGACCUUGCAAAAGCAUUGGCCAAACAGUGUGUUGUCUUUAAUUGCUCUGAUGGACUUGAUUAUAAGGCCAUGGGAAAGUUCUUCAAAGGCCUUGCACAGUCUGGAGCCUGGGCUUGUUUCGAUGAAUUCAACAGAAUUGAGGUUGAAGUGUUGUCAGUGGUGGCUCAGCAGAUACUGAGCAUACAGCAGGCAAUCAUCCGCAACCUGAAAACGUUCAUCUUUGAGGGCACGGAGCUCACCCUAAAUCCCACCUGUUCUGUCUUCAUUACGAUGAAUCCUGGGUAUGCUGGACGUGCAGAACUUCCCGACAAUCUGAAGGCAUUAUUCAGGACAGUGGCUAUGAUGGUCCCGGACUAUGCGUUGAUUGGAGAAAUUUCCCUUUACUCAAUGGGAUUCCUGGAUUCCAGAAGCUUGGCCCAGAAAAUCGUUGCCACUUACAGACUGUGCUCCGAGCAGCUAUCAUCCCAGCAUCACUACGACUAUGGAAUGCGGGCAGUGAAAUCCGUUCUCACUGCCGCAGGAAACCUCAAACUGAAAUAUCCAGAGGAAAAUGAGAGCGUCUUAUUGUUACGCGCUCUUCUGGACGUGAACCUGGCAAAAUUCCUAGCACAAGAUGUUCCUCUUUUCCAGGGCAUCAUUUCUGAUCUUUUCCCUGGAGUGGUCCUUCCCAAGCCAGAUUAUGACCUGUUUGUCAAUGCUGUUAAAGAAAACAUUGCAAAACUGAAGUUGCAGCCCGUUCCUUGGUUUAUUGGAAAAAUAAUACAGAUCUAUGAAAUGAUGCUGGUGCGCCAUGGAUUCAUGAUCGUUGGAGACCCCAUGGGUGGAAAAACAUGUGCUUAUAAAGUGCUAGCAGGAGCGCUUUCUGAUUUGUAUGCAGCUAAAUCAAUGGAUGAAUAUGCAGUGGAUCUUAAAAUCAUUAACCCAAAAGCCGUUACCAUGGGCCAGUUAUACGGGUGUUUUGACCCAGUAAGCCAUGAGUGGACAGAUGGAGUGUUGGCUACUACAUUCAGAGACCAGGCAUCUUCGACUACAGAUGACAGAAAAUGGAUUAUAUUUGAUGGUCCCGUGGAUGCUGUUUGGAUUGAAAACAUGAACACAGUCCUUGACGACAAUAAAAAGCUUUGCCUCAUGAGUGGCGAAAUCAUACAGAUGAAUUCAAAAAUGAGUUUAAUCUUUGAGCCUGCUGACUUGGAGCAAGCUUCUCCGGCGACUGUGAGUAGGUGUGGCAUGAUCUAUAUGGAACCCCACCAGCUUGGAUGGAAACCUUUGAAAGAUUCCUACAUGAACACGCUGCCUGCAAACCUCACAGAUGACCACAGGGAACUGAUUAAUGACAUGUUUAACUGGCUCGUUCAGCCUUGUUUAGAUUUUAUUCGCCUUGAAUGCAAAUUUUUGGUGAAAACAUCUCCAAUCCACUUGACAUAUAGCAUGAUGAGGCUCUACUCUUGUCUGCUUGAUGAAAUAAGGAGUUCUGGUGAAGAUGAUAAAGAGCCCAUGUCCAGCCAGCAGAUCACACUGUGGCUGCAGGGCCUCUUCUUGUUUGCCUUGUUGUGGACAAUCGGCGGAACCAUAAAUGCGGACAGCAGAAAAAAAUUUGAUGCUUUCUACCGCAACCUUUUAAUGGGAAUGGAUGAUCGCCACCCUCGACCCAAGAGUGUAAAACUAACAAAAAACAACUUGUUUCCUGAAAGAGGAAGUGUGUACGACUUUUAUUUCCACAAACAAGCUAGUGGACAAUGGAACACGUGGACAGAUUACAUAACUGCAGAAGAAAUGACAAUCUCUCCAUCAGCCAAAGUAUCAGAUCUCAUUAUCCCUACAAUGGAAACGGCAAGGCAGACAUUUUUUCUGAAAACAUACUUAGAUCAUUCAAUUCCUACAUUGUUCGUUGGGCCAACUGGAACCGGCAAAUCUGCAAUAACCAACAGCUUCUUAAUAAAACUCCCGAAACAAAAGUACGUUGCAAACUGCAUCAACUUCUCAGCAAGAACAACGGCCAACCAGACCCAAGAUAUUAUCUUUUCUAAGUUAGAUCGGAGAAGAAAGGGUCUCUAUGGACCUCCCAUGGGAAAGAAGGCUGUGGUAUUUGUGGAUGAUCUAAACAUGCCAGCAAAAGAGGUAUAUGGAGCCCAACCCCCCAUUGAACUACUGCGGCAGUGGAUAGACCAUGGACACUGGUAUGACAGAAAGGACACAUCGCGACUAGACAUAGUGGAUGUACUGCUACUGUCAGCAAUGGGUCCCCCUGGUGGUGGGAGGAAUGAUAUUACAGGCCGCUUCACACGCCACUUAAACAUUGUUUCCGUAAAUGCUUUUGACGACGAAACCUUAACUAAAAUAUUUGGCUCUAUAGCUGACUGGCACUUCAGCAAAGGAUUUGAUAUAUCAUUCUUAAGGACAGGCAAACUCAUGAUUCAGGCUACCAUGGCAAUUUACAAAUCCGCUGUUGAAAAAUUUCUUCCGACACCAUCCAAAUCCCACUAUGUCUUCAACCUGCGUGACUUUUCCCGUGUCGUGCGAGGAGUACUACUCUGUCCCCACACCCACUUGCAGGACAGUGACAAACUUAUUAGACUUUGGAUCCAUGAAGUGUACCGUGUGUUUUACGACCGCUUGACUGACCCCGGGGAUCGGCAAUUAUUUUUCAACAUGGUGAAAGAGACAACAUCCAAUUGUUUCAAGCAGAAUGUUGACAAAGUUCUUAGCCAUUUGGCACCUACCGGAAAAGUGGUUGAUGAUAAUAUUCGAAGCCUUUUCUUUGGAGAUUAUUUCAAGCCUGAUAGUGACAUUAAAGUAUAUGAUGAAAUCACUGACUUAAAACAACUAACGUCAGUCAUGGAAUACUAUCUGGAUGAAUUUAAUAAUAUCAGCAAAGCUCCAAUGUCUUUGGUAAUGUUUAAAUUUGCCAUCGAACAUAUCUCGAGGAUCUGUCGAGUGUUGAAACAAGACAACGGGCACCUGCUGCUGGUUGGAAUCGGUGGAAGUGGCCGGCAGAGCGCUACUAAACUGGCCACGUUUAUGAACUCCUUCGAGCUCUUUCAAAUUGAGAUUACGAAGAACUAUACUGUUACAGAGUGGCGUGACGAUGUCAAGAAAAUGAUGCUGCAAGCUGGAGUGGCUGGCAAAAACACAGUUUUCCUUUUUUGUGAUAACCAAAUCAAGGAUGAGAUAUUUGUAGAGGAUAUAAACAUGCUUUUAAACACAGGAGAUGUCCCUAAUAUAUUUCCAGCCGAUGAGAAGGCAGACAUCGUUGAUAAAAUGCAAUCCAUAGCAAGGACCGAAGGCCGAAAAAUCGAAGCCACUCCAAUGGCCAUGUACAAUUUCUUCAUUGAAAGAGUGAGAGCCAAUUUACAUAUAGUACUGGCAAUGAGUCCCAUUGGAGACGCAUUUCGCAAUCGACUACGCAUGUUCCCUUCACUAAUAAACUGCUGCACCAUCGACUGGUUUCAAACCUGGCCAACAGAUGCCCUGGAAAUGGUGGCAAAUAAGUUUCUGGAAGAUGUACCCCUGGAUGAUGAAAUUAGGAAAGAAGUGGUCUCCAUGUGCAAGUAUUUCCAAGAAAGUGUGAAAGAUCUGUCAGACAGCUAUUACAACACUUUAAGAAGACAUAAUUAUGUCACCCCAACCUCCUACUUGGAAUUGAUCCUGACUUUCAAGACACUGCUAAACAGCAAAAGGCAUGAGGUGGACACAAUGAGAAACCGUUACCUUGUUGGUUUGGAGAAACUUGAGUUUGCAUCAUCACAAGUGUCGGUUAUGCAAAAAGACCUUACGGCACUUCAGCCCGAAUUGAUUAAAACAUCAGCAGAAACAGAGAAAAUGAUGCUCAAGAUCGAGAAAGAGACUGUGGAUGUCGACGCUAAAAGGGAACUUGUAUCAGCAGAUGAAAAGGUGGCUAAUGAAGCCGCUGCAGCUUCUCAAGCAAUCAAGGAUGAAUGCGAAGGUGAUCUCGCCGAGGCCAUGCCGGCUUUAGAAGCAGCGAUAUCUGCUCUUGACACGCUCAGUCCUACAGACAUAACACUCGUGAAAUCGAUGCAGAAUCCCCCACCUUUGGUAAAACUUGUGAUGGAAAGUAUUUGCGUGAUGAAAGGCAUAAAGCCUGAGAGGAAGCCUGACCCCAGCGGAUCAGGUAAAAUGGUGGAAGACUACUGGGGACCAUCCCGAAAACUUCUAAGUGAUCUGAAGUUCCUUGAGAGCCUAAAGUCCUUUGACAAGGAUAACAUCCCCCCUGCAAUCAUGAAAAAAAUCAGAGAAAAGUUUAUAGAUAAUCCUGAAUUCCAGCCGUCGAUGAUUAGGCUCGUGUCUUCAGCCUGUGAAGGACUCUGCAAGUGGGUAAGGGCCUUGGAGGUGUAUGAUCGUGUGGCCAAAGUGGUUGCUCCAAAACGAGAGCGUCUUAAAGAAGCCGAAGCAAAGCUUUUUAUACAAAUGCAGCAGCUUAACACCAAACGGGCAGAGCUUAAGGCUGUUGAGGACCGUCUGCAAGCUUUGAAUGACGAAUUCAGUGCCAUGAACAGCAGAAAAGAAGAGUUGGAAAACAACAUUGAAAUCUGCUCUCAGAAACUGGUACGUGCUGAAAAACUGAUCAGUGGCCUUGGAGGAGAAAAAGAUAGAUGGACUGAGGCUGCACGAUUGCUAGGAAUAAAAUACACCAAUCUUACUGGGGAUGUGCUUCUGUCUUCAGGAACAGUAGCCUAUCUGGGAGCCUUUACUGUGGAGUAUCGCCAGAAAUGCCAAAGCCAGUGGCACAUAUUAUGUAAGGAAAGAAAAAUCCCCUGCUCAGAUGACUUCACGUUAAGUACCACACUGGGCGAUCCGGUUAAAAUACGGGCCUGGCAGAUCGCUGGCCUGCCCGUGGAUUCGUUCUCUAUAGACAAUGGUAUAAUUGUCUCUAAUUCCAGAAGGUGGCCUUUGAUGAUUGACCCUCAAGGACAAGCCAACAAGUGGGUGAAAAAUAUGGAGAAAGCCAACAAGCUCUUUGUUAUUAAACUGUCUGAUUCCUCCUAUACCCGCACGUUAGAAAAUGCCAUUCAGUUCGGAAACCCGGUUUUACUUGAAAACAUUGGAGAGGAAAUUGAUGCUGUUCUGGAGCCUCUUCUACUAAAACAGACAUUUAAACAGCAAGGAGUGGAAUAUAUUAGACUAGGUGAAAACAUUGUGGAAUACUCAAAAGACUUCAGACUUUAUAUGACCACUCGUUUAAGAAAUCCACACUAUCUACCAGAAGUGGCUGUGAAAGUUUGCCUCCUGAACUUUAUGAUAACACCACUGGGUCUUCAAGACCAGCUCCUUGGCAUUGUGGCGGCAAAAGAAAAGCCGGAACUAGAGGAAAAAAAGAACCAGCUUAUAAUAGAAAGUGCAACCAACAAGAAGCAGCUAAAGGAAAUUGAAGACAAAAUCCUAGAAGUUCUGUCCUCCUCCCAAGGAAACAUAUUAGAAGACGAAACUGCCAUCAAAGUGUUGUCAUCAUCAAAGCUCCUCUCUGAAGAAAUAUCUGAAAAGCAACAAAUUGCAUCAGCCACCGAAAAGGAAAUUGAUGCCACCAGAAUGGGAUACAAGCCAGUGGCGGUUCAUUCGUCAAUUGCCUUCUUCUGCAUUUCCGACCUAGCCAACAUUGAGCCGAUGUACCAGUAUUCAUUGACGUGGUUCAUUAACCUAUACGUUCAUUCAGUUGCCCAUAGUAAAAAGAGCGAGGACCUUCAGGAGAGAAUCGCAAAUAUAAUUGAACAUUUUACAAUAAGUAUUUACAACAACGUCUGUCGAUCUUUGUUUGAAAAAGAUAAACUUCUUUUUUCACUUCUCUUGACAAUUGGCAUUAUGAAAGGAAAAGACCAAAUAAAUGAUGAGGUUUGGCGUUUCCUUCUGACUGGAGGAGUAGCUCUGGACAAUCCGUAUCCAAACCCUGCCGCUCUCUGGCUGUCAGAUAAAUCUUGGGCUGAAAUUGUGCGUGCUUCUAACCUCAAACCACUUCAAGGCUUCAUGGACCAUGUGAAAAACAAUGUUUCAAAAUGGAAGAAGAUUUACGACUCCUUGAAGCCGCAAGAUGAGCCAUUUCCAGACGAAUGGCAGUCUUUAACAGGUCUAAACAGAAUGGUUGUACUCAGAUGUCUCAGACCUGACAAAAUGGUCCCAGCGAUUCAAGAGUUCAUUUCAGAAAAUAUGGGCAAAAUGUUUAUUGAACCACCAACUUUUGACCUCGCAGGGAGUUACAAUGAUUCCAAUUGUUGUGCGCCACUCAUUUUUGUGCUGUCCCCUGGUGCUGACCCAAUGGCAGGAUUACUGAAGUUUGCUGAUGACCUCGGCAUGGGGGGAGAUAAUAUUCAGACCAUUUCACUGGGACAGGGGCAAGGGCCCAUAGCUGCAAAGAUGAUCCAUCAGGCAAUUAAAGAUGGAACCUGGGUCGUUUUACAAAACUGUCACCUAGCAAGCAGCUGGAUGCCAUCCCUAGAGAAAAUCUGCGAGGAAGUCAUGGUCCCCGAGAAUACCAACGAGAGAUUCAGAUUAUGGCUAACGAGCUACCCUUCAGACCAGUUCCCUGUCAGUAUUCUGCAGAAUGGAGUAAAAAUGACCAACGAGCCCCCAAAAGGCCUGAGAGCGAACCUGCUCCGCUCCUAUCUAAAUGACCCAAUAUCGGACCCCCAUUUCUUCAGCAGCUGCCAGAAACCGGAGAUGUGGCAGAAGCUGCUGUUUGGCCUUUGCUUUUUUCACGCACUUGUUCAAGAACGAAGAAAUUUCGGCCCAUUAGGGUGGAAUAUUCCAUACGAAUUCAACGAGUCUGACUUAAGAAUCAGUAUGCGGCAGAUCCAGAUGUUCUUGAAUGAGUAUGAAACGGUACCGUUUGAAGCUCUAACAUACUUAACAGGUGAAUGUAACUAUGGCGGGAGAGUGACAGAUGACAAAGACAGACGGCUGCUAUUGUCCCUUCUUUCAAUAUUCUAUAACGAAGAUAUUCAGCAAGAGAAGUACAGACUCGCCUCCGGAGACGACUACUUUAUUCCUCCCUAUGGCACCUAUCAGUCUUUUGUGGAUUAUAUAAGAAACUUGCCACUUAUAACCAUCCCGAAUGUGUUCGGACUCCACGAGAACGCUGACAUCACCAAAGAUAACCAGGAGACCAACCAGCUAUUCAGCGGAGUUCUUCUAACUUUACCGCGACAAAGUUCUGGAAGCGGCAAAUCAUCCCAGGAAAUUGUGGAGGAUUUGGCCAGAGAUAUCCUGAACAAACUACCAAAUGAUUUUCACUUGGAGGCGGUAAUGGAGAAAUAUCCGGUGGUCUAUGAAGAAUCGAUGAAUACCGUGCUCAGGCAGGAAUUAAUUCGGUUUAACAGGCUUACAGAAGUUGUGCGGAGCAGCCUGAUAAACUUAGGGAAGGCGAUCAAGGGCCAAGUAUUGAUGUCCUCCGAGCUUGAAGAUGUCUUUAACAGCAUGCUGGUAGGGAAGGUGCCUGCAAUGUGGGCAUCUAAGUCAUACCCAUCCCUGAAACCUCUGGGCAGCUAUGUGUCGGACCUGCUCACCCGACUGCAGUUCUUUGAGGACUGGAUAAACAAUGGGCCGCCCAAAGUAUUUUGGAUUUCCGGGUUUUAUUUUACGCAGUCAUUCUUAACUGGCGUGUCACAGAAUUAUGCCAGAAAGUACACCAUUCCCAUUGAUUGCAUCGGGUUCCAGUUUGAGGUGACGACGCAUGAAAACAAAAUUGAUGAGGCUCCAGAAGAUGGUGCUUAUAUUAAAGGUCUCUUCUUGGAAGGCGCUCGGUGGGACAGACAGGCAAUGCAGAUUGGGGAAUCUCUUCCUAAAAUUCUGUACGAUGCAUUGCCUAUAAUUUGGCUGAAACCGGGUGAAAGCUCUAAAUUUCUGCAUGAGAACUCAUACCUAUGUCCUGUUUAUAAAACCAGCGCAAGACGCGGCACGUUGUCAACAACCGGGCACUCGACUAACUACGUCCUGUCCAUAGAGCUCCCUUCAGACAAGCCACAAAAACACUGGAUAAACCGAGGAGUCGCAGCAUUGUGCCAGCUCGACGAUUAGUCCGCAUUUAACACUUUGAUUCCCCAGCUUUAGCAUACGGCAGCAUUUAACUAAUAAACUGUUCAUUUAAAAUACAAAUGUUAUAUUAAUAUAUGUAAUAUUUUUAGGAACAACGCAAGUAACAUCAAUCCACUGCGUGCCUUCAUUUCUCUCCCUUCUAUGCACAAUUUGUUAAUAAAUAAUAUGUUCCGGAAA